UUAAAUCAUAACAAUUGUAUAUAAAUGUUGUGUACGAGUUGACUUCUGGUUUUUGUGUACGAGUUGACUUUUUGUAUACGAGUUGGUUUGUGUACGACUCGGUUUGUGUACGAAGUGACUGGACACCUGAUACAGUCGCAUUAACGAUGAAUACAACAGAAAUUAAGGCCAAAAAUAAUUACUUUCUAAAUAAGGAAUUUUGCGUCAAUAACUACACCCAGAUUACAAGAUGAUCAAAAGAGGGUCUACCAGUGCCCUUCUACAGAAAGCUCAAUCUCAGCUGAGGGGGGAGAAAGUGUCCAAGGCCACGGAGGAAGAGGAUGACCUCAAUGCCUACAUCAAGUCCCUGACACAGAAAACAACAUCCCACCAACAGAAGAAGACUGUCAAUUUUGAGGAUGGGGAAAUUUCUAUCUCCAGUGAUGUCGAUACUCACACACAGACGAGCUCUUCACAUGCAAAAAAACGCCCACUUAUAACAUCAGGGAACAAAUUCUUAAAGAAAAAGCAAACAGAGAUGACCUCACAGCCGAGUGCAAAGUAUCUGAAAAAGCCACAAGUGUCAAAUGCUAGUCCUGUACCGACUGUGUCAGGGGACAUGGUCAGAACAAACAAACCCAGAGACUCUGCCCGGUCCUCCUCUGCUCUCAGUAAAGCAUCAGCCCUAAGUAAUAAAUUUGCCAAACGGUCAGCAGAAACAAGGAAAGUCUUCACCCUGGAGACAGAUAGCAGUGAGAGCCUUCAGACACCAAGGCCUGGGUCUGCUCUGGGUAGUUACAAUGAAAGGUCAAGAUCAGCUGAUUCAGACAGUAUGAAGAUUGGUAAAGAUGGCUCAAAGUUUAUGAAAAAGAAAACACCAGCACCAGAGCCACAGAGAAAUAGAAGCCCAUCUCCUCAAACCAAUCAGAGGAAGCAAAGCCCCUCUUCACAACAACAAGCACAGAGGAAACGGAGCCCCACGCCAGUGGGUAAGGCAAAGGAUAAAAAAGCCCCUACAAGGUUUUCAGCUGAUGUAGUUCUGUCGUCUGGUGAAGAGAGUCUGGCAGAGUUUAUGGCUGGAUUAGAUUCCUCAGAAAGUUUUCCAGGGGGCAAAGGAAAACAUAAGAAGGGACCAAGGACACCUUCCCCAACAAUACCACGCUCACCAUCACCAGACUCAAAACCUCCCACUGCCAGACGAUCCCCAUCACCAGGCCCCUUCAGAUCCCCUUCCCCUGGCCCCUUCAGAUCUCGAUCCCCAGGCCCCUUCAGAUCACACUCUCCAGGUGACCAGAGAUCCCCCUCCCCUGUCCCUCACAAAAGAGGAGGAAGGUCCCCCAAACUCCAUCGCUCUCAUUCCUCUCGGUCCUCAUCUGCAGAAUCAGACAUCUUAGAAAGUGAAAAAUAUGAUGAGAGCUCCGAUGAUGCCUUCAGAUUUAAUCUGAUGGAUAUUGAUGCUUUAGAACCUGUGUUAGUAGACUCAGACUCCAAAACAAAAACUAAGGAAAUUUCCAAAGCAAAAUCAAAGACCAAGAAAACUGAAUUCAAAUCCCAAAAGUCAAAACCAAAAAAGCAAAAAUCAGAGGAGAAUGACUUGUUUUUUGGACUUCAGACGGUGGAGGAUUUACUGGGGGGAAUUCCAGAGGAACGCCCACCUAGUGUGGCCAGUGAGGAAGUGAAAACUGAGUCAGAGGAUAUCCCAGAGGAGAUAGGUCCUCCAAAAAGGAAGACAACUUCAUUUCAUUCUGUCCUCGAGUCAGAAAUUAAAACUCAGGAUUUCACCAGUCUACGCAGGAGUUAUUCUGAUGACUUUGAUGAUACAAUAUCUGAGCGUAUUGGAGAUUCACACAGGAGGUUGAGUCGACCUUCCUCACGGAAUACAGAUAUUGACGAUUACACUGAGACAUUUCAGAGCGAGUCUGAGAUCACAGAGGAGUCCGGAACAGCCACAGAAACCGAGGAGUCAGAGAAACCAGAAAGACAAAAGCCAAUCAAGCCAGCCUGGGAGGACAAGGGGAGGAGAUUGAGGACAACAGAGGUAGGACUUCAGACUGAGGAACCAGGCCUCACCUACAGGUUUAACGUCAGUCCUGGGUUUAUAGACCCUGCGUCUAUAGCCUCCUAUGUCAUUGGCCCCGAUGCCCUAGAGGCAAUGACUACCUACAGUCCAUGUAUGCUGGCCCUACAUGAUAUGUUAAAACAACAGCUAGACUUGACCAAGAGCUUCCUUGCCUCUCAACAGAAUCUGUACAGGUCAAUGUCAGAGACACUAGAUCAUAAAUAUCACUACACAACACUAGAGGACACUAAAAAGUAUAUAAAGAAACAUAGAGCAAAGAAAUUGAGUAUGAAAGAGGCUUUAAAGCUUGUUGACUUGGAAAAUCAAAGUUAGCCAGGAUUAACUGUGUGAAUUCUUUGUGAGCUUACCAGAUAGCCCUCUGAACAAUGAUCAAAUGUAAACAGAAGACCAGAUUUCAUUUCAAAGUGACCAUUUCAUUGGAUGUUGACAAUUCUGUGUGGUCCUGUUAGAGAUUUCAUAUCAAAGUAACUAUUUCAUUGGAAGUUAACAAUUCUCUAUGGUCCUGUUAGAUAAUUAUAUACUGUUUGUAAUGUGAAAGCAUGUAUUGAUGAACUUGUUUUCUGUAACAAAGCUCGGGCUGACUAGGUUUGUGAGAUAUUGAUAUAAUUAUAGAUUUACACAGAAAUAAAAAUAGUACAUGACAGUAAUGUUAGUAAUUAGUGUCUGUGAAUUAUGUGAACUAUAGGCCAUAUCCUCUGUCUGUUUCAUCAAUACUAGAUGACUGUUUGGUGCUAACACAUAUUGUACUUCCUGUCUAAAUAGAUGACUUUUGACAUUAAGAAUGACCUAGAAAUGAGAAACAUUAAACUUCUUUUUUUUCUCAGAAAAUCUAAUUAAUCUGACAAUAUAGAAGUUUAUGUUCUGUAAAGUUGAAUGGCUUGAUUGAUUAGACAAUCUUAAUUGAUGUAAAAAGAGAAUGUUAAUUUUAUGGAAUUUUUUAUCUACUCUGCAUAUACCUAUUUUUGUUUUCAAAAUUAAAACGUUGGUCAUGUA